GCGUUGAGUGGUGGCUGCAGCUCAGGUAGGCGGCGUAGCUGCUGCUUUCCUCCGAUGACACGUGGGUCAUUAAUCAGAGGAGGCUGCGCGUGCACUUGAUCCGAAAGUGGCAAAGAAACCUCAUUGGCUUGUUGUGGGGGGGCUACCGGAAAGGACCGCAGGAUGACCAAAGCCCGUGCAUAAACACACAGUCAGGUCCGCGAACAGAGAGCUGGAAACUUGAGCGCUGCCCAUGGUCCUGAAUCGCCGCUCGCCGUCCCCUCAGCCCGUGAGGGGACCGACGACCCUGUGAGCGUCAUCCUGUCGUCUGUCUAACCUGUUCGUACCUGAGCCGAUCGAUCGAGCCCCACAAGGAUGAGCUACAGCUCCAUCCGCCAGAUUUAAUCAGGUCGCCUCAGCUUGCCGCUGGAGGACGAGGACGGAAGACUUGUGGAAUUAAACCAUGAAUGGAGAACCUCGCCUGCGCUCGACAACAUGUUUGUGAAGGCGUCGUUUGUUGCGUACUUUCACUGGUUAUCUAAUUGCUGACCAGCCCGAGCGCGAUUCGACCGUUCAUUCAUUCAGCCGUUCGUCAAUGAGGGGGAUUACAGCCCGCUGUUAAAAAUGAACUACUGCGAUUUACUUCACGAAUAGGAGAUUUGCGUCCGUUUGCUUUUAAUCGAAGAAGACCGACCACAUCCUCCAAGGCAUGGCUCGACUGCUCGUGCUUCUCAACUCCGUGGUCCUGUUGCUUUUUGGCAGCGACAUGUUCUUGGUAGGAGCAAACCGGCCACCAGCUCCCGUAAAUGUGUCUGUCAUGCACCUGCGAGCCGACUCGGCGACCGUGUCCUGGGAGGUUCCGGAGGGGGACAUAAUAAUUGGCUUCUCCAUCUCACAGCAGAAGCAGGACGGACACAUGCAGCGAUUCAUUCGGGAGGUCAACACCACCAGCCGCUCCUGUGUUCUAUGGGACCUGGAGGAGGAGACGGACUACAACAUCCAGGUCCAGUCCAUUGGCCUCUACGGGGAGAGCCAAGCCAGCAAGAAAGUCCAUUUUCGCACCCUUAAGAAGUCGGACCGCUUCCCCUCCAACAGCUCAAACCAAGAUGACCCCACAGUUCAGGGCCUGGACAAGUCUCGCCACCUGCAAACAGGAGAGAUGAUCAUAAUUGUGGUGGUCUUGCUCAUGUGGGCAGCCGUCAUUGCCCUGUUCUGCCGGCAGUACGACAUCAUCAAGGACAAUGACUCCAGCAACAAUAAGGAGAAGGCCAAGCCGUCGUCGGAGAGGAGCACGCCGGAGCACCACAGCGGAGGACUGUUGAGGAGCAAGUUUCAUCCUUCUGUGCCCUCAAUUAACAUCAUUGAAGUUUAAGAAGAAGGAAGCUGAAGUUAAAUCUCCCUCUUCAUCCACCAUCGCUUCAUUUUUGACCUUUAUCACUGGCGAAGGGGGGAAAAAAGCAGAGAAAAUGAGAGUUAUCUUUGGGGGCAUCUUAAGCGGGAAAAAAGACACACAUGCAUGCACCCAGUAUUUGUAGAAAACACAAUUCUGCACCACCUCUGAACCCCAUCCAUUUACACUAUACACACACACACUUACAUACAUACAUACACACCACGGUAGACACAAAAACUUUCUCCUGUGGGUUGAUAGUACUUCAUUAAUGUUAACCUGUGGUGCAGUUAACACUGAUGUCUUUGCCAGGUGCUUACCAGGUAUGUUAUUGCAAUACGAAACACACACACAAAAACUUAUGAUCAUCUCUGGGAAGCCUGUCUUUGUGACUUUAAAUACGCAGUGUAUUUUUGAUAUUGGCAUGUGCAAUUAGAGAACACACUCACCUGUGAUAGCUCAGCUCUGAGUCAGUCAACAUUUUUCCAUAGCCGAUAGUGUUACUAUGCUGCCGGGUCACACGCGUAUACGAUUGUCAGAUGAGUAGAUCGUUAAUAAGGAGAGAAACCAAAUAUCCAGAAUCCAUUUGCAACAACAGCAGUCACUUGAUUUUUUUGUCCUAUUGUUCAAAUGAAAAUCGACCAUUUUCUGGACAGCAUUGUAUUUUUUCAUAUUUCAUAUAUAGCAAACACGUCUGUACAAACGUCAUUCGUUUACUAAAUGAAGUUGCAUGCGGGAUAUUUGCGUGUAGAAUAGCAUUCGAUGUGCAUUCUAAGUUAGGCGCCAAAAAUGGGGAAGUAAACAUCAGUGCCGUGAAGCUCUUAAUGCUCUGAUUGUUCUGUUUGAUCUGCUUUUAGGACGGAGCACUAUCUUUUAUCAACCAGUGUUACAUUUUAGACCUUUAUCUGAAAAUUGUAUUUCCUGAAAGUGUAAAAUAAACCUUUUGAAUGUCCCAUCA